CACUCCACUGCAUUUACCCUCAGUUCAUACUACAAGCAACAGGCACAGGAAGCAACUAAGAGCAUUGCCUGAACACACUGAUUUACUGACAGCACUACAAGUAGUGGGACAUCAUUUGAGGAGUUUAUAAAUCGCUGGGAUAUAUUUUUAUACAUAUAUAUAUAUUUGUAUUAUUUCUGAUUAUUAUCAUUUUGUGGCUGGAAUACAAUGAAUACUUUAUAUCUGCCUCUCCACUUCCUGCUCUGCUCUGCCCUGUGCUUUCAGUGGACGGCUGCAUUAGACUCUAAAGAGCUUAAAACCGCUGUAAACAUUGCUUGGUCAUCUGUUAACUUUAAGACUAUACUAGAAUGGGAACCUAAACCUGUAAAUCACACUUACAGUGUUGACGUCAGUGGCGAAUAUUCUGACUGGAAAACAAAAUGCUUCUAUACUAAGGAGACGGAGUGUGAUGUUUCUAAUUUAUUAGAGGAUGUGAACGAUACGUAUACUGCACGCAUUAUAUCAAAUGUUAAAGAUUCUGAACACGUUGAGGAAUUUCCACACGCUGACAGCGUUCCAUUUACUCCUUAUAAGCAGACAAAGCUUGGAAAACCAGUCAUUGAACAGUUUGAAUUGGAUAAAGAAAGUGGCAACCUCCACGUGUUCGUUAAAGAUGCUGUGACACCAUUUGCAUUUCCCAAUAAUACAUUCAAGACUGUUCGGGAUAUAUUUCAAAGUGACUUUAUGUAUACACUGUUUUACAGAAAAGCUUCUAGUACCGGCAGGAAACAGGCAACGUCGGCGACCAAUGAAAUUGUCAUCAAUGUAGACAAAGGGGAGAGUUACUGUUUUUACGUGCGAGCGACUAUACCAUCGCGCAAAGUGGACCGUGACAGCCCAAACUCUGCCGAGAAAUGCACCCCUUCUAAUGGGAGUAAUGAGUUUAAUCUUAGUAUACUGGUUGCUGUGAUUACUGCAGUGGUUCUUAUAGUAGUAAUUAUCAUCAUGUCUGUGAUCAUUUGCAAGUGCCGAAAAGCAAAGGCUGAAAAAUCGAAGGAGACCGUACCACUCAACAAAGUCUGAAAGGGCAUUAUCUGCUUUACUACUGUUGUGACUCCACAGCGACAUGCCUACUGCAUGUGGGGCCUUUUACGAAUAGAACCUCAGAGCAGUAAAGGAAUUCAUUUUGUUUCCGUGAAACUUAUUUUUAAAGAUAAAUAUUUUUGUAGAGAUUUUAAUUCUACUUUACGUUACUAUAAAUGGCUGUAUUGGUUUAUAUAUAAUAUAUUUUUUAGAAAUAAAAAUUGUGAUAUCUAUUUGCUUAACAGCAAACUAGGCCAAAAUAUUUUUAAUAUUUCAGAUUCUGCUACUUCUGUCUAAUUUUGGUUGUCGUCAAGGCACAAUUCGCUAUUUAUUAAAUACAUUUUUAGUACUUUUUAACACUAAUCUACGGCUGUGGGUGGACAUUAGACUUCUGCGUUAGGUGCUAUUCAUGAGAUUUAACUGAGAUCACGUGCUUAGGUGCAGCAAGUGAGAUACAAUGACCCACUAUCUAUUCUAUUUUAUUGGUGUGCACACCUCAGCAAUAUCUUCGUAAGAUACAUUCGGUACAUUUCUCGCAAUGAUGAAUGAUGUGAUUUAUU